AUGCCCUCGUCCCAGCCUCUGGUUGUGCCACCGCAGUCCAUGCUUCCCUCGCAGCCUCUGGUCUCAGCGCAGCCGCCACCGCAAACCAUGCCCUUGCUCCAGCCUCUGGUUUUGCCGCCGCCGCAAAUACAGGCCCCGCCUCCGCCUCUGAUUACGCAGCCGCUGCAGACUGCGCCUCAGGCUUUAACCCACGCCGCACCAACAUCUUCCUCGUCAUCUACCGCUACCAACCGCAUUCUUAAACACGAUCUCCUGGACGAAUAUUCGACUGCGAACCUGAGCCAGUUAAACGACUUGUGCAACAGCUCCAACAACGUGCUCGACCUUUGCUAUGCCAGCUCAAAUGUACCUGUCAAUUGUGCCCUCCUCCCAGCACCUUCACCUCUCGUGAAAGACGUUCGUCACCACUUGCCCUUCCUGGUUUCUAUCUCGUGUACAGUGUUCACCUUUAGUGACACGAACGGUAGUACCUUCAUAGACUACCGCAAUGGUAACUACGAUGGUAUGAACGAAUUCUUGGCAACCGUUAACUGGACUCGACUGAUGGCCAAUCUCGACGCCAACGAAGCUGCUGUUACUUGGACGGAAAUUUUGACGCAAGCAAUCAACGUCUUCAUUCCGAAGAAACAGCGGCAACCUCCUCAACAUCCACCAUGGUCUACUCACCGCCUGAAGAAGCUUAAGACCGUGAAACGUGCCGCACUCAAAAAAUAUGCCAAGCAUCCGACAGAUCGUUGGAAAAACCACUACAGAUCUAAGAACCGGAAGUACAGUUUGUUAAACAACCAACUUUUUCGCCGCCACCUGAACCGCACCCAGAGCCGCUUGAAACGUGAACCCAAAAAGUUUUGGAACCACGUCAACGAGCAGCGGAAAGAAACUGGUCUCCCAACCUCCAUGGUACUCGACGGUGAUGAGGCUACAACCACCGAGAGUAUUUGUGACCUUUUCCGGCGCCAGUUCUGCAGUGUCUUCAAUAACGAAACUGUAGCAGACUCGCAAGUUGCUAGGGCUGCUAGUAACGUUCCACUGCGACCUCCCAUCGGACCUCAUCCGGUGAUAAGCUCCGAGUCCGUUCGCCGUGCCUGCGCCCGCCUGAAGAGUUCCAACAGCUGUGGACCGGAUGGCAUUCCCGCGGUUGUACUCAAAAAGUGUUGCGAUGCACUCGCGGAACCGCUGGCUCAACUCUUCAACACCUCGCUUUCCACCGGAGUUUUCCCAUGUUUCUGGAAGAAGUCGUUUGUGUUCCCUGUUCACAAAAAGGGGCCUAAACGAGACGUCCGGAACUACCGCGGAAUCGCUGCACUCUGCGCUGUAAGCAAGCUCUUCGAAGUCAUUGUACUAGACUUCAUCAAGUUCAACUGUUGUGAUUAUAUCGCCCAGGAACAGCAUGGCUUUAUGGCGAAACGUUCUACCAGUUCCAAUCUGGUCACCUAUUCGUCCUUCAUCCUACGAACCAUGCAGAAACGGAAACAAAUUGACGCCAUCUACACGGAUCUAUCGGCAGCAUUCGACAAGCUAAACCACCGUAUUGCUGUUGCUAAACUCGAGCGACUGGGCUUCAGCGGUUCUCUGCUCGAAUGGCUUCGCUCCUACCUCACCGGACGAGAAAUGAGCGUGAAACUGCUGAACGCAACAGUUCAAGUUCUGUGCCAGUUCGCGAAGGUGUGGUUCCCGUUCAGCAACAACAACAUCAGCAGCAGAUCUUGA